CCACUACCGGACUUGUUCUCCCUCUAAUCCACUUGCAGUCCAGGGACCUGUCUUCAGCCAACUAAUCGGUUCGUCUCUGAUUGGUUUGCGUCAAGAGCCAGGUGGCUCACAGCCAAUUGGAUAGCAGAGGAGACGGACCUGAGGCGAUGUUGGGACCCAUUUUGGAGAAUAAGGACAAAUGAUCGACAAGAAGUUGAACCUAUGGAGUCAGGCCAGGGCGGACCUCGGAUCUAACUUCAAGGAAAGGGCAUGGACUUGGUGUUUGGCUGGUUGCUAAGGAGAGGUUGGCGGCUACGGGGAGGUGAGAAUGAUUGGUGAAAGUGAGAAAAAAUGUAGCCAAUGAGAGGAGAGCUGAGAGACUUGGGAACCAAUCAGAGAAGGGGAGUAGUCAAAAGUACCAAUAUGUUAAUUCGGCAGGGGGAGUCUUUGAAAAAACUUGGACAAGAGGGCGACUAAGUGAACCCUGGAAGCGAAAGACAUUGGAAAUAUAGUUUCUAUUAUCUCCUAAAAAUCAGGCCAUGAGGAAAUUAAUUCAGGCUCCUAGACUUGAUGGGUAUGUGCUAGGCAAUUUCCCCUGUAGGUUCUUUUCGUGGUGCGCUCCGCUUGAUCACGUGAGCCGGUUCCAAGAUGGCGGCAGGGGUGGCCGGGUGGGGGGUUGAGGCAGAGGAGUUCGAGGAUGCGCCUGAUGUGGAGCCGCUGGAGCCCACGCUUAGCAACAUCAUCGAGCAGCGCAGCCUUAAGUGGAUCUUCGUCGGGGGCAAGGGUGGCGUUGGCAAGACCACCUGCAGCUGCAGCCUAGCGGUCCAGCUGUCCAAGGGGCGGGAGAGUGUUCUGAUCAUCUCCACCGACCCAGCCCACAACAUCUCCGAUGCAUUUGACCAGAAGUUCUCCAAGGUGCCCACCAAGGUCAAAGGCUAUGACAACCUCUUCGCCAUGGAGAUUGACCCCAGCCUUGGCGUGGCCGAAUUGCCUGACGAGUUCUUCGAGGAGGACAACAUGCUCAGCAUGGGCAAGAAGAUGAUGCAGGAGGCCAUGAGUGCCUUCCCCGGCAUUGACGAGGCCAUGAGCUACGCAGAGGUCAUGAGGCUGGUGAAGGGCAUGAACUUCUCGGUGGUGGUGUUUGACACGGCGCCCACAGGCCACACACUGAGGCUGCUCAACUUCCCCACCAUCGUGGAGCGGGGCCUAGGCCGCCUCAUGCAGAUCAAGAACCAGAUCAGCCCCUUCAUCUCCCAGAUGUGCAACAUGCUGGGCCUAGGGGACAUGAACGCAGACCAACUGGCGUCCAAGUUGGAGGAGACGCUGCCCGUCAUCCGCUCCGUCAGCGAACAGUUCAAGGACCCUGAGCAGACAACGUUCAUCUGCGUGUGCAUUGCUGAGUUCCUGUCUCUGUAUGAGACGGAGCGGCUGAUUCAAGAGCUAGCCAAAUGCAAGAUUGAUACCCACAACAUCAUCGUCAACCAGCUCGUCUUCCCUGACCCUGAGAAGCCCUGCAAGAUGUGUGAGGCCCGCCACAAGAUUCAGGCCAAGUACCUGGACCAGAUGGAGGACCUGUACGAAGACUUCCACAUUGUGAAGCUGCCGCUGCUGCCCCACGAGGUGCGGGGGGCGGACAAGGUCAACACCUUCUCUGCCCUCCUCUUGGAGCCCUACAAGCCCCCCAGUGCCCAGUAGCACUGCUGCCAGCCCGAGUUGCUACCAUUUCACAUCCCCCCUCCACCCCCCCGGGGGGGCAGAGUUUGCACAAAGUCCCCCCCAUAGUAUAGGGGGAGCCACUUGGGGGGCAGGGGGCGGGGAGGAGGUCUGUUCCCCCUGGUGGGGCUGAGGGGGCUGUAGCUGCCCCCCACCUCUCCCUGCCUCUCGCCCCUCAAUAAAAUGAUCUUAAACCAC